CUGCCUCCUUCCCUCUCGCCCGCCGGCGCCGGACACGCUGCACUUCUCUUGGGGCGCUUUUCCCCUUGGCCGACCGUCUCAUCCCGCGCAACUUUGGGACCGUGGCCGUUUGGUGUUGAAUGUUCUCCUCCGAGAGCGCAUGGCUGGGGAAGCGAGGUGCGGGCUCAAUCCCCGAGGGGCCGCCGUCUGGGAGGCGGUGCUGCUGCUGCUGUGCCUGGGGGUCCCGACCGGGUUCCCCUACAACGUGGACACCGAGAGCGCGCUGCUCUACCAGGGCCCCCCCAACACCCUGUUCGGCUAUUCGGUGGUGCUGCACAGCCACGGGGCGAACCGAUGGCUCAUAGUGGGGGCGCCCACGGCCAGUUGGCUUGCCAACGCUUCAGUGGUCAAUCCCGGCGCGAUUUACAGAUGCAAGAUCGGAAAGAAUCCAGACCUGAAUUGCGAACAGCUCCAGCUGGGUAGCCCUAAUGGAGAACCUUGUGGAAAGACUUGCCUGGAAGAAAGAGACAAUCAGUGGUUGGGGGUCACGCUUUCCAGACAGCCGGGAGAAAAUGGCUCCAUCGUGACUUGUGGGCAUAGAUGGAAAAAUAUAUUUUAUAUAAAGAAUGAAAAUAAGCUCCCCACGGGUGUUUGCUAUGGAAUGCCCUCUGAUUUACGAACAGAACUGAGUAAAAGAAUAGCUCCAUGCUAUCAAGAUUAUGUGAAAAAAUUUGGAGAAAAUUUUGCAUCAUGUCAAGCUGGAAUAUCUAGUUUUUACACAGAGGAUUUAAUUGUGAUGGGAGCCCCAGGAUCGUCUUAUUGGACUGGCUCUCUUUUUGUCUACAAUAUAACUACAAAUAAAUACAAGGCUUUCUUAGACACAAAUAAUCAAGUAAAAUUUGGAAGUUACUUAGGAUACUCAGUUGGAGCUGGUCAUUUUCGGAGUCCACAUACGACUGAAGUAGUUGGAGGAGCCCCUCAACACGAACAGAUUGGUAAAGCAUACAUAUUCAGCAUCGAUGCAAAAGAACUAAAUAUCUUACAUGAAGUGAAAGGAAAAAAGCUUGGUUCUUACUUUGGAGCUUCUGUGUGUGCUGUGGACCUCAAUGCAGAUGGCUUCUCAGACCUACUCGUGGGAGCUCCCAUGCAGAGCAUCAUCAGGGAGGAAGGCAGAGUGUUCGUGUACAUCAACUCUGGCUGGGGAGCAGUAAUGAAUGAAAUGGAAACAGAGCUCAUUGGAAGUGACAAAUAUGCUGCAAGAUUUGGGGAAUCUAUAGUUAAUCUUGGUGACAUUGAUAAUGAUGGCUUUGAAGAUGUCGCGAUUGGAGCGCCACAAGAAGAUGACUUGCGAGGUGCUAUUUAUAUUUACAAUGGCCGAGCAGAUGGGAUAUCAUCAGUGUUCUCACAGAGAAUUGAAGGACUUCAAAUCAGCAAAUCAUUAAGUAUGUUUGGACAGUCGAUAUCUGGACAAAUUGAUGCAGAUAAUAAUGGUUAUGUAGAUGUGGCAGUUGGUGCUUUUCGGUCUGAUUCUGCUGUGUUGUUAAGGACAAGACCUGUAGUGAUUGUCGAAGCUUCCUUAAACCAUCCUGAGUCAGUAAAUAGAACAAAUUUUGACUGUGUUGAAAAUGGAUUGCCUUCUGUGUGCAUGGAUCUAACACUCUGUUUCUCAUACAAGGGCAAAGAGGUUCCAGGUUAUAUUGUUUUGUUUUAUAACAUGAGUCUGGAUGUGAACCGGAAGAUAGACUCUCCAUCGAGAUUUUACUUUUCUUCUAAUGGAACAUCGGAUGUGAUCACAGGCAGCAUAAAAGUGUCAAGCAGAGGAGCUAACUGCAGAACACAUCAAGCAUUUCUGCGGAAAGAUGUGCGGGACAUCCUCACCCCAAUUCAGAUUGAAGCUGCUUACCACCUUGGGCAUCAUGUCAUCAGUAAACGAAGUACAGAAGAAUUCCCACCACUUCAGCCAAUUCUCCAGCAGAAGAAAGAAAAAGACGUAAUUGAAAAAACAAUAAACUUCGCAAGAUUUUGUGCCCACGAAAAUUGUUCGGCUGAUUUACAGGUUUCUGCGAGAAUUGGAUUUUUUAAGCCACAUGAAAAUAAGACCUAUCUUGCUGUUGGGAGUAUGAAGACAGUAAUGUUGAAUGUGUCCUUGUUUAAUGCUGGAGAUGAUGCAUAUGAAACAGCUCUGCACAUUAAACUCCCCUCUGGCCUUUACUUCAUUAAGAUUUUAGAUCUGGAAGAGAAACAAAUAAGCUGCGAAGUAACAGACAGCUCUGGCUUAGUCAAACUUGACUGCAGUGUUGGUUAUAUAUAUGUAGAUCACCUAUCAAGGAUAGAUAUCAGCUUUCUCCUGGAUGUGAGCUCUCUCAGCAGAGCAGAAGAGGAUCUCAGCAUCACAGUGCAUGCCACCUGUGCAAAUGAAGGGGAAACGGACGACCUGAAGCGUAACAGAGUGACUUUAGCAAUACCUCUCAAGUAUGAAGUCAUGCUAACUGUUCAUGGGUUUGUCAACCCAACUUCAUUUGUGUAUGGACCAAAGGAAGAAAAUGAGCCUGAGACGUGCAUGGCAGAGAAAAUGAACUUCACUUUCCAUGUUAUCAACACUGGCCAUAGCAUGGCUCCAAAUGUUAGUGUGGAAAUAAUGGUACCAAAUUCUUUUGCCCCCCAAACCGAUAAGCUGUUCAACAUUUUGGAUGUCCAGACUACAGCUGGAGAAUGCCAUUUUAAAAAUUAUCAAAGAAAGUGUGCAUUAGAGCAGGAGAAAGGUCCAAUGGAGAUCCUGAAAGACAUUUUCAAAUUCUUGUCCAAGACUGAUAAGAAGCUACUGUUCUGCAUAAAAGAUGAUCCAUAUUGUUUAAAUUUUUUCUGCCAUUUUGGGAAAAUGGAAAGUGGAAAAGAAGCCAGCGUUCACAUUCAGUUGGAAGGCCGGCCAUACCUUUCGGAAAUGGAUGAGACUUCAGCCCUCAAGUUUGAAAUAAGAGCAACAGCUUCUCCAGAGCCUAAUCCAAAAGUUAUUGAACUAAACAAGGAUGAGAAUGUUGCACACGUUUUACUUGAAGGACUACAUCAUCAAAGACCCAAACGUCAUUUCACAAUAGCGAUUAUUUCAAGUAGCUUGCUACUUGGACUUAUUUUACUUUUAUUGAUUUCAUACGUUAUGUGGAAGGCUGGCUUCUUUAAAAGACAGUACAAAUCUGUCCUACAAGAAGAAAACAGAAGAGACAGCUGGAGCUACGUUAACAGCAAAAGCAAUGAUGGUGAUUAAAGACUUCUUUCAAAUUGAGAGACUCAGGUUAACCAAAGAAAUUUAAGACUGUUUACAAGAAACCCCGAAUUCUGCUCAGAUUUCUAUGUACUUCAUUUACCAUGACCUUGUGACAUAUUAGGUCUCAAUGCACGUGAAAAAUCCCAAGCAAUGAUUACUCUUCGAGAGGAAAGUAAUAUCUCUGCUCUUGAUAGAAAAACACUAAAGCAUUCAAUUUAUUCAAGGUAAGUAAUCCCUCGAAGAUACCGUGAAAUGAAAGUGCUUCUGAAUUAAAUCAUAUUGAGGAAGUAAACAACUCAUUUGGAGAAGUCUUGGACUUGAAAUAUCAUUCCUUUAAAAGAAAUUAUUUGCCAUGUGUGCUUGCUUCAGUAAAAUAAACUCCACUGAAUAGGCAAUGAUUCAUUUCUAAUAGAUCUUUGAGACUUGUUGGAAAAAACCUAAAUAUUUUUAAAGAAUGAAGAGCUGUUCCUCAAUUUUCUAAUGAAUAAAAGAAGACCCCUAAUGUUUUAAAGCAGAUUUUAUCUGUAAAGACCUUUCUUUGUAAUACCUUUAUGAUGGGCUUUGAUCAACAAUGAUUUAUUCAGCAGUCUAUGUAAGAGUAUUAUGGGCCUGAGGAGCAAAUUUCAGACUGACCUUAUACACUGGUUUAAGCUUAAUGACUUCUGGAUAAUUAUUGUUUAUACAGCUAUGGAUUCUUUCUUUCUGUAUAUAUACAUAAGUUCUUAAAAAUGUGUUAUAGGAGGACUAGUGGAUUCAUACCUAUAUAAACAUUCUUUUAUCAAGGGUACCCAGGAGUAAAUUUCUAAAAUCCAUUUUUAGUGAAAUUUUCUACUUAUAAAAACAAUAGUACUUAAGAAUUCUAAUUUAUACUCUGAAACAGAUUGUGAAUGUUGCACUUUAGCUGAUAUUUCAAAUAUAAAUACACUGAUGUAUGUAAAAUAUGAAAACUGUACCUCACUAAUGACUCUUAAAAAGCCAAACUCUACGAAGACCAUGCUUAAGAGGCCAGUAUUUCAUAUAAAUUAGAUACUGUGUAAAAUAGUGACUGUCAAAUUAAGCAAAUGAACCUACUUGUGUAGAUAUUACUUUCUCCUCAAAUGUAUGUAUGAAAUGUGUUUUUAUCGGGUGUAUAAGCAUUCUCAUCUGCACAGAAUUAGAGAAACCAGUAAAUAUAAAUGUGACAUCAAAAUUUCCAUGAUCUAGGUUUUAGUGAUAAUCUUUACUAUUUAUUCAUGCAAUAUGAACUGGAUGCUGAUAGCUGCGGAAUAUAAUUUCAUCUGAUUUGUCCUAUAUCUGUCUUUACUAUGGAAGUGAUCAAAUAGUAAAAGACUUCCAUCUAUAUGAAGCCCCUGCCAACAGCUGUCUUCCUCAGGCUGUCUAAAUUCCUCUUAAGUUCUCUGUUCACGAGCCUACAGUAGUAGCUGGUGGCCAAAGAACAAGGCGGGCAGAGCUUCGUGCAGGCAUUCGAGGAAUGAAGCCCAAUCUGUGAGCAUGAAGCCUCCUGAAUGCGGUCAUUAAUUAAACUUAAAAAGGUAUUCUUUCAAAGUAUUAUAUUAGCAAAAGAUUUGCUUAAGCAAAGUCAUUCUUUCAGAUUUUUCUGGAAUCAUUGGUGGAGGAUGCUCCCUGAGGAACUUUACAUUUGGCUUUCUAUUCAGAAAUGAUAGCAUUUGGGGCAUUACUGAGUGCACUAAAACCAGUGUGCUAGGACUGCUGGAUACCAGGACUUUCAGAAGCAAAACAGCUCACUAGUUAGCUAUUUUGCAUACUUUAAAACGUGUUAUGGAUUUUAAAAGACUUCUUUAAAGAAAAUCAGGGAAUAGUCCCAAAAGUGGUACCCUAACAACUUAAAACGCUUAUCUUUUUGGCAGAUAAUGUAGGUAUUGGAAUGAUUUUGAAAUCUGGAUUAGUAUCUCAUCAGGGCAUCUUGAGGUAACGUCGGGCGUCCAUCUGUACCAGGCUCUAGGAAUUUUCACUCAAAUCUUGAAAAGUGAAAGUAUUCCAAUUAUUUCACUUGGGAAUUAAGUAUAUGAAUGUUUACUUUCAGUUCCAGUAAUACUUUCUGAAACCCAAAAUUUACUUUUCAUGUUUUAAUUUAAGCUCUAAGAAGCUAAUCUUUAGCAACAAAAAUAGCAAUUUUAAUUUCUUUAAAAAAUAAUUUUUCCCCUAUAUGUUUAAAGCAUGACCAUAGUCCUUCAUAUAAAAAUUCUAGUUUGUACAUUUCUUUUAUAAACAAUUACAUGUUACUUGGGGAUCAUUCCUUUCUUCCAUGCUUCCUCCAUAAAGCUUGAUAAGUCUGGGGUGUAAUCUGUAAAAAAAUAGAUGUAUAAUUAUUUCAUCAACCUAUCAUUUUCACCCAUAUACCUACUGAGUAUGGUACAUAAUACCUAAUCCCAAUCUAACGAUAGCUACCAAACCUAUAUUCGUGGCAGAGCCGCAAUCUUAUAAACUGGGGGGCCUGAUAAGUCAGCACCAGUAAUUAUUGUGACAUCCAGGCAUUGUGCGUACAGUGGGGUGCUCCUGCACCCUUUCUCUCCACCUUGAGUCAUAAUGCUUACCAACAGUGAGUCUGCAUGGUCCUAAACUUGCCUGCACCAGUUGCCCCUGUUAAAUAGUAUGUAACAUUGUUCCUGCGUAAAGUAAGCUGAAGGCUUUGGAAAGAGUUGAGAGAAGCGCACUGCUGGAUACCAAGUGAUGAAGACUAGAGAUUUCAGUGUACCAAUCUGCAACUCAGAGGGCUUUCACCAGGUUAAGAUCUGGAUCCACUUUUAAAAUGACAAAAGUCAGUUGUAGACAUUAUCUGUAUAGUUUAGGGAGAAUGGUAAUUUGAAAUGCCAAGAUAGAGACUCAGAAAAUCUGGUGAUGAGUCUAUACGAAAAUGCGUUGGCUGUAUGUAACAAUGGGUGAAUAAAUGUAAAGUUACACUUUAUUUAUUAAAAUUGUACAUCUUUUAAUGCUUCCCUGACUUAUUAAAAAAAUAGUUUUGUAUCUACUGGUGGACAUUAAAGGUGGUGAAAUAAUGAC